GCGCUCACGCAGAGCACUCACCUCAGUCCGAGCAGGCGCGAGCGCACAGUUCUCCAGAUCAGAAGGGAAGAGAGAAAAAAAGACCAGACAAGACAAGACAAGAAGCGAUUCGACGCGAAUAAAAUAAAAGAGAGAAUAUGAAAUCCGGCUACCAGCUGCUCAGCCUGCUGUUCGUGUUCAGCAGCUUGCGCGUGGACGAGCUGGAGGCUUGCUCGUGCGCGCUCGCGCACCCGCAGGACGCCUUCUGCAACUCCGAUAUCGUGAUCCGAGCCAAAGUGGUGGGGAAGAAGUUGCUGAAGGAUGGCCCGUUUGGCACCAUGCGCUACACAGUCAAGCAGAUGAAGAUGUACAAAGGAUUCAACAAAAUUCAGCAUGUCCAGCAUGUUUACACAGAUGCUUCAGAGAGUCUGUGUGGAGUCAAGUUUGACAUUAACAAAUACCAGUACUUGAUUACAGGUCGUGUGUACGAUGGAAAGGUUUAUACAGGGCUCUGCAACUUUAACGAGAGGUGGGAACGUCUGUCCCUUGCUCAGAAAAAAGGAAUGAACCAUCGCUACCAGCUGGGCUGCAACUGCAGGAUUAAGCCUUGCCACUAUCUGCCCUGCUUCGUGACCUCAAAGAACGAGUGCCUGUGGACGGACAUGUUGUCACACUUCGGUUAUCCUGGCUACCAGUCACGGCACUAUGCCUGCAUCCAGCAGAAAGAGGGCUACUGCAGCUGGUACCGGGGCAUGACCUCUCGCGACAAAACCAACAUGAACACCACGGAUCCCUGAAAUAUCCCAGCAGUCUUUUUUUUUUUAAAUCCCUUUUUUUUCCCUACUACCCAUCAAACCAAUUAUUCUUUUUUCUCCCCCCCAAAAUUUUCCCGUCCUUGUUUCCAGAAUAUAAAGGAAAUAAGGAAAUAAUUCAGAUCGUGCCGAAUGACAAUUUUAUUGAAGCCUGUGGUAGCACUUUAGAGGUAAACAAUACCUGUGUUUCAAUGCAUACUAUAUUUACGCUGUGGCCCAGUCGACCUGCGCUCUGCUGUCCACAGAGACGCACACUGAGUAGGUAAUGCCCUCAAAGGACCCGUCAGAGGGAGAGACAAGAAACGAAUCAGGGUAAACAACAGGUCUCAGUUAUUAUCAGAACUACUAAUUAGAACUUGUGUCAUAAGAACAGCCAAAAGUAUGACGUGUGAUGUAUUGGGUAUAGAGAGGAAAUGAUACACUCAAAGUCAUGAUAGUGGAUUUUUUUUUUCAUAGCUAUACACUCCUAUUGCUAUGAUACCGUAUUCCCUUUCUAGAUGUCUUUCAUGAUUAAGUUCAGGACACUUCUCAUAUUCACAUGAAAACAACUAAUUGAACUGUAGAAUAUUUAAAAAAAAAAAUCCCCUGGCAAUUUCUUGCCUCGCCCUUUAGUUUCUUUUGAGAAUGCACUAAACAAGCUUUCUAAACUGCUGCCUCUUUAUCGAUUAAAACAUUUGGACACUUCCAUCACUCCGACAUAAAGCAAUAAGUGUUACUGUGAAAAGGUUGGGUGCCAGACACAGCAUCACUUAAUACAGGCACAUGCAGAGAUGACAUGCCAUGAUAUACAGUAUCAUGCUAAUAGUUCAAUUCAGUCAGAGGACAGUGUCUGACGUAAUAAUUUAUGAAAGCAAUACUGGUCCUCAGUCAGAAGCGGUUAAGUGUUAUUUUUUAUUAUUUAGAAUGAUAUGAAUAACUGUAUAGAUCCACCAUGUAUGCUGUAUAAUAUCUAUUUAUAAGUGAUCCUUUUGCCUGCCUCCUACUUUGUGCUGUAGUUGUUCAACUUUCCUAAUAUAAUCUUCUGCAUUCAAAGUUUAUUUGUUUGAAUAGUCAUGAAUAAUAACAGAGUUAUAAUGUAUAUUUUUACAAAUCAACAACAAAAAAAAAUGCAUAGCACACUUUGUGGGGAACAGUUAUUUUCUUGAACAAAGCAUUUACGUUAUUUUUUAUUUGUUUCUCUUGCUCUGUAUGGUAUAAGCUAAGAAAUGAUGACCUGACUAAAACCUCUGUUGCAUUUGCAAAUGUUAAUAUGUUUAAAGUGAUGUUACACUUACCAAGUUAGCGCUCCAGAUUAACAUUAUCUAAUGGACUACACAGAAUCAGCUCUCCGCUUGCACUGAUUUGUAUUCAUGACUGAGCUUAAUCUGGACUGAGAAACUGCCCCAUAGUGUGUUACAAGAAAAGGCUGCAAAAUCCUGUGCAAAUCCCAGAACCAAAAGUCAAGUCUGUGCCAGGAGUUACUUGGCAUUUUCUGAAGAAAAAGUACUACAUUUGUACAAUGAUGGUGUUAAUUUGAUGGUACUUCUCUCCUGAAAAAUGAGCUGGCUGGUACUAACAAACUUUUUUUUUUUUUUUUUUUUAAGUGUUACCAUACAAACAGAGGUUUUAGUUUUGGUAUUAGUUAUGGCUAAAAUAUUUCUGUAAAGAUAUUGACCUAUUUGAAAUGGACAGAUGCAAAUAUUGUUGAUUUUUGUUACUAAGCUCUUGUUUUGUCUUUUUCAUAUUCACAGUAUUGACAGUAUCUUCAGUUCAUUCCUCUGUAUGAGACUAAGAUGUCUCUGGUAGAUGAAAUGGCAGAAACAAUUCAGUCAUUAAUUGGCAUUUCCAUUAAUGUUUACAUUUGCGUUAAGAACUGUACAAGAGUAUAGCCUCCAGCACAAACCAGCUGAAACAGAUUAAUGGUUUUCAAGAUUACUUUAACUAAUUAUAAUUGUUGGCAGACAUGCUUAUGACGCUGUUUGUCGAGACAAAAUACACCUUAUUUAUUUCAGUAAUUAGCCAUAUCAAAAAAACCCUGAGGGAUCUUAGUCUCCAUCACUUUAUGCUCGUGUAAAAUACUGUCUGUUUUACACACCUUGCAGUCAAUCAUGUCUUGAAUAUAAUUAAUAGAACGUUCGAGAUGUUUUUUUUUUUUUUUUCAUGUAAUGUGUGUGUGUUUGGGUAUGUGUGUGUUUGUGUGCGUACACUGAUUUGUAAGGGGAAAUGUCUUUCUUGUAGGAGCUUACAGAAAUGUUAUGAUUUUUAAUUUCUCUUUUAUAUUUUUAUAAUAAAGAUUUAAUGAAAAUUGCAUUUGUGAACAUGUCCUAUUUAACAAAAUGUAUGUUUAUACUUUAAAUAAAAGGAAUGCCUGCCUACAUUUGGGCAGAGUGUAUGUAUAUUAUAUCAGAUUCUACGUCUAAAUAAACAAAUCAAGUUCGUUCUUGUAUGUUCUUA